AUGUAUAAUAUCUAUUUAUCCAUCAGUUCUAACUACCACAAACCGAUGGCAUCGGAAAUGUCUGGUAGUAACACAACAGGACAACAUACCACCGGCAAUAUUUCGUGCUGCGUAGCCCAGUCCAACAUAACAGUUACAACAACAUGUAAAACUAUUAGCUUUUAUGAACUAUACAACAAAUCUUCACAAGCCAGCAACGCCACUCUCUAUGUUACUUCUAACGACAUUUGGUCGGGACGACUGGGAAACCAGAUGUUCAAGUACGCUUCUCUACUUGGUAUCAGUCGGACACAGGGCAGACGGAUGUUCAUCGAGCCUGGGACGAGUUUGGAGAAGACGUUCAAGAUAUCCUACGUUGCUGUUAAUGAAAGCACAAAACUAUGGCCAGUGGUCAAGCAAGAGUAUUUUUUCCAUGACAAACUGAUGAAUCUACCUUUACAGAACGUCAAAAUUCAAGGCUACACGCAAUCCUUUUGGUACUUCGCCGCUGUAAUGGAUGAAAUCAGACAAGAGUUUACUUUCCAUGAUUCCAUUGCUAAUGAUGCUGCCAAAAUUGUUCGUGAAGUAUAUGUGAAAUACAACUCAUCAAUGAUUGUUGGAGUGCAUGUACGACGGGGCGACUUCCUUACAGAGAGGCAUAAACGAAUGGGUUAUGGAGUUGCUGAAAAAUCUUACUUCAUGAAAGCGUUCGGGCUGAUGAAAUCCAAAUUUCCAGGAAGAGAUAUUGUCUUUCUAGUGGCCAGCGAUGAUCUAAAAUGGUGUAGCGAAAACUUGUUAGGUGACAAUGUUUCUAUAAUGCCGCCUGCGUCAUCAGCCGUUCAUUUAGCUGUCUUGUCUAAAUGUGAACAUAUGAUCAUAUCUGGCGGUACUUAUGGUUGGUGGAGUGGAUGGCUGGCUAAUGGAUACGUUAUAUAUUACACCGGGUAUAUGGAGAAAGGAACACCUUUAGGAAACCGAGUCAACAGAUACCACUACUAUCCCCGUAUGUGGACAGGGUUGGGAAAUUAA